UGGCCGCGGUUCGGGCUCCGUGGGCCGAGGGGGGGUACGGAGGUGGCAGCCUUGGGAGGAGGCGGCGCGGGAGGCCGAGGAGCACCAGCCCGGACCAGUCCCGCGUCCCGGGCCGCAACCCCCGAUUCUGCAGCGCACCGAGAGGCGAGACCGGCCGGAUGGGCCGCUGAGCCCGAAUCGGGGACCGCGUGGAGCCCCCUGGAGCUAAAAUCAGGAUGUUCCGUUUUAUGAGGGACGUGGAGCCCGAGGAUCCUAUGUUCCUGAUGGACCCCUUUGCUAUUCACCGUCAGCAUAUGAACCGAAUGUUGUCAGGUGGCUUUGGAUAUAGCCCCUUCCUCAGCAUCACAGAUGGCAACAUGCCAGGGACCAGGCCUGCCAGCCGUAGGAUGCAGGCUGGGACUGUUUCCCCCUUUGGGAUGCUGGGAAUGUCAGGUGGCUUCAUGGACAUGUUUGGGAUGAUGAACGACAUGAUUGGGAACAUGGAACACAUGACAGCUGGAGGCAAUUGCCAGACCUUUUCAUCCUCCACUGUCAUCUCCUACUCCAAUACGGGUGAUGGUGCCCCCAAGGUCUACCAGGAGACGUCAGAGAUGCGCUCGGCACCAGGCGGGAUCCGGGAGACUCGCAGGACCGUACGAGACUCGGACAGUGGGCUAGAGCAGAUGUCCAUCGGGCAUCACAUCCGAGACCGGGCUCACAUCCUCCAGCGCUCCCGAAACCACCGCACAGGGGACCAGGAGGAGCGGCAGGAUUAUAUCAACCUGGAUGAGAGUGAGGCUGCAGCAUUUGAUGAUGAAUGGCGGAGGGAGACAUCCCGAUUCCGGCAGCAGCGCCCUCUGGAAUUUCGACGGCAUGAGGCUUCAGGGGGUGGGGGACGAAGGGCUGAGGGGCCUCCCCGCCUGGCUAUACAGGGACCUGAGGACUCCCCCUCCCGACAGUCCCGCCGCUAUGACUGGUGAGGGCCCUAGGCCCUCAGCCUCUCUUGUACAGGCUGAGAGGCUGAGAGAUCAUCCCCCAAAUAACUUUUUCCUCUCCAGCUCCCACUCCCAAUUUAAUAUUAAAUUAACAGGCAAGCUGGCCCCCCACCUCUCCCUGGGGGUCUCAGGGAGAACCUUUCACUGCCCCCUUUACCUACUUUUUCCUUCUUUAAUCCCCUACCAUGAUGAGUCCACUUCUCCUGUAUCUGCUAACUUGAUUUUUCAUUUUGCUGCUCCAUCUUUGAGCCUCCUCACCUUCCCCUUUCUACCCUUGCCAUGCAUCGAAGGGGCUUUUGGGGUGAGCUCUGGGUUUAGGGGCUUCCUCUAUCCCUCAGCUGCCCUGGAUCUUUGCCCACCUCCUCCUCAGAUCCCCCACUGCAGAGGCCAUAGCCCUUAUCCAGGGCUGUGUGUGGAGGGAGAGGACUGGCUCCCAACCCUUUCUCCCUUCCCACUCCCUGCACAUCACAGAAACCUUCCCUACACCCUUCUCUGCCUUUAUUUUUUGAUUUGUGCAACUUGUAACUAGGUGUUUAUGGAAUAAAGGAGAAUGGAAAAAAGAG